UUAGCAAAUAGAAGAAAAAUAUUCAUCACUGUUUAGCACUAGCAAAAAUCAACAAUAGUUUUGAAAUUGUGUCCAAGAUUAUCUGUGUUCCACCCACAAACCAUCCUCCAUGUGAACAUCGUCGGCAAUCCGGGAUAGCAGUUUAUCCGCAAAAAAAAGUGGAAUAGCGCAAUGGCAAGCAGCAGCCCGAACGCAAUGUAUCUGCGACAGCAGUUUUCCGCUCUGCUUGGGAACACCUCAUCAUCGAUCAAGUUCAUCUGCAUAUCAACGCUGGUCGGGUACGUACUGUCCUUCUCAGAGCAAGCCGUAAAUAUUUUGAGCGUGACGCCCGGUUACCUGAUGCCACCGACCUUUUGGGUGUGGACGAUAUUUACGUUUUUCUUCAUCGAAUUGCACUUUUGGGAAGUGCUGGUGGACUUGAUCACGGUGGGUCUCUGCGGAAAGCUAAUCGAACCGUCCUGGGGGCAGAUGGAGAUGCUGCAGUUCUUUGCUAUCACCAAUACCGGGGUAGCCAUCCUGACCAGCUUCUACUAUCUGUUCUAUUCGAUGAUUACCAAAGAUGCGGAACUGCUGUUUGACGUUCACAUUCACGGACUAGCGGGAAUGAAUGCUGCUGUAAGUGUAGCCGUUACACAAAUCAUGCCAGACCAUCUUAUCGCUCGAACUCCUCUUGGGAAGUUCACAAACAGAAAUGUUCCGCUGACGGUAGUUCUACUAUCGAUAACAAUGUGGGCUUUUGGCCUGCUGGAUGGAACAUACCCAGCAAUGUUUGCGUCGGGAUUGUACGUUUCUUGGGUUUACCUACGUUUCUAUCAACGACACACGAACGGCACCCGAGGGGACAGUGCCGAGAAUUUCCGUUUCGCUAGCUUUUUCCCUAAUGUAUUGCAACCUUUCAUAAACCUAGUGGCGAAUCCUGUCUAUCAGGGUUGUCUGAGGAUCGGAAUUGUGAAACGCCUUACAUCGCAACAAAGCAAUUCGUCCUCGCUGCAAUCGGUCAGUGUACACUCGUUAGCCGGUGUAGAUCCGCAUGAUAUGGAGCGAAGGAGGCAAAUUGCACUGAAAGCUUUAAGCGAGCGACUGUCUAAAACCACAGAUUCUAGUCGUCAGAAUAUGCUGCCGAAGUCAUUCCCGCAAACAGCUACUGUUGGUGCCGCGGCAGGCUUUUCCGGAAAGCAUCACCAUCACGGGCAUCAUCAUGGACAUCACCAUCACGGCGGUGGUCAUCUACCUUUUCCAAUGACGAUGGACCGGCCGGCGAUCCCUCUGCCACCUCCACCGUCGAAAUCUGCACUGAAAGCAACCGAUGCCGUGCCGAAAGCCGAGGACCGUUCAAAUAGCACAAGCAACGUCGAUUUAAUUAACUUGGAAACAACGGAUCCUGCAUCCAGUAGACCUAGUGCUUCAACAACGGGGACAAUUGCGACAGCAAACACUUAAACACUAGCUAGCGAUCGGGAAUUUGUUAAACAUUUCGUUCGAUCAUCCACUAACGAUCGCAUUCCGAAGUGAAACAAGCCCGAAAAACGGGCUGUCUACCGAGGAUCACAGUUUUGGAUGCAAAGAGAAGAUGCUUUAAAUAACUAAUAGGGUUCGCGCUCUACCUUUCUGUUUAUUAUUUUCUUUUCCUGUAGAUUUUACUUGUGAUGAUAAGCUACUAAAUUGAAGGAUGAUAUUGCAUUGUAGGAUAGUUCACCUAGGAGUGCAUUAUCGUGAAAAGAUCUAAUAAAUCCUGCU